AUUUUCGCUCGAUUGGGAAGGAGUGGGCGCUUGUGUUGUCUUACUCUUCGAUCUUCGACCGUGUGCUCCCUAUUUCUCAGAUCUCUCUCUGUGGACCAUCGACCUUACACACGUCGUAAUCUGUAUAUUAUACAACUGCAAUGGUUCAAGGACAAGUGAAAGGCUUGCAGAAGCAAAAGGCGUCCGGCUCCCGUCAGGCCGCGAAGGCUGCUGCCCAGACGAAGAAGGGCAAGCGGUACGUCGCACCCAAGAACAAGGACGCAGUCAGGCAUGCAGCCAUGCACCAGCAAUUGAGUGCGAAGAUCAACCGGAGCAUCGAGCGGCAGGUCGCCUCAGCCGCCUCGUCCGGCAAGCUCACUAUUAUGAAGAACGUUGCGAUGGAGGGGUGAGUUCUUUGUCGCUGUGAUAUGAGUUAUACAUGAAUUAUUGUCCGGGGUAGCAACGCCGCGAAGGAGAAGGAGGCUAAAGGGAAGAAGUCAUAACGUCUUCAUGACUUCAUAGUGACACAUAUCACGCCCGUCGGGAGAAGUGCAUCGAGGGUAGAUCUCGUGGCCUAUUCUCGACCUGAUAUUAUGGCACGUCCGGCCGG